AUGGGCAAACCCAUCGAUGGCCUGAAAAAGGAGGAAAUCAAUCAAAAUCAAGAAAAGAGUAUUAUUUCUCCUGAAGCAAAUGGUAGCAGUUCGAAUAAAAUCAACGGGGAAAUAGAAGCUGAGAAUGAAGACUCGGAAGCCGCAGCAAAUGGUGAGACAAUACGGAUCAGUUGGCGGCCUUCCAAUCUGACAACGAAGAACGCACCCAAAUUCCUUAAAGCCACAGGAAAUGGUCACAGAACACAGAUCAGUGUGCAAACUUCCGAUCAGGCAACGGAGAACGCACCCAAGAAGGUUUAUGGGUUUGAAAAUGAAGUUUUGUCACUUCAGAAUCUGCUUGGACAGCGAGAAAAUGGCAACAAUUUCAAGGUAAUCGGGAUCGUCGGGAUGCGUGGCACGGGAAAAACUACUCUUUGCCAACAACUUGUCAACAGUCCAGAGUUGAAAAAGGAAUACCUUCCCAAGAUCUGGAUAAACAUGAGCAAAAAGUCCGAAAAGGAUAACAAAAACGACACGAAGUUAGCAACGGUGAAAACAUUAUUGGACUCUCUCGGAGUUGAUGGGGAGAAACUCAUCGAGUCUAGUGGAACACCUGAGAAUGAUAAACUUAAAGUUUUGCUUUAUGUUCUUCACCAGCAGUUGAUGGGGAAGAAGUAUCUGGUUGUGCUCGACGAUGUUGGGGAAUCUGAAGAUGAUUGGUAUGAGGAUUUGGGUUGUUGUGCAAACAACAGCGAAGAACUGGGCAAUCGUCUUGCACAUGGAUUGCCAAAAGGUUAUGGAGGAACAGUAAUUGUGACAAGCAGAGAUGAAGAAGUAGCGAAAAAGCUGGUUGGAAAGGAGGGGAAGAAUUUAUAUCGUCUUAAACCAUUCUCAGACCCCGUGAGCUUCUGGUCAAUUUUUAUAGCUGCGGUUGAGGAAGAGGGAGAGAAAGUAUUGCCACAGGAUUUGGAAAAACUGCAACAGCAACUUUUGAAGAAGUGCGAUGGCGUUCCAUUAGCUGCAAUAACGAUGGGAAAAGCACAAGCUGCAUCUAUCAGAGACCGCCGAGCUAGGAAGCAAGACAGAGUUCAAGAUAAGAAGGGAAAGUAA